AUGGAGGUAAAGAAACAUCUUGUUCGUCCCGAUGCUCCUUUCGAGGCCACUUGCCCGCUGUCUCCGGCCGAUGUGCAAAUCCCGCUUCGAUAUAUUCGGAAAGUUUUUGUUUACUCGCUCGACCAGUCGGACGAGGGCUUCAAUUCAGCAGAAGCGAUAGAUAACUUAGCUUCCCGCCUCGAAGACAGUCUCAAAACAUUUCUUAGGCCACUUAGCGAAGACGUCUUUGCAUUUCCCCAGCUGCUCGGCCGAGUAGUCGAGCCAGAAAACGCACAUCCUUAUGUUCUCGUUGAUAAAUCGUCAGCAAUACGUUUUACUGUCGUUUCGAGACAAGAUAUCUCAUUCGAGGACUUGCAACCGGAGAAGAGAUUCCCUGACCAUGCAUGGUGGAUCGACUAUUUCGCAACGGGCCUCAAUCUCAGUGAGAUGGGAAAGGCCCCCAAUGCGCCGGAAAGCUUCGUCGUCCAACUGACAUCAAUUCGAGGGGGUAUCGUUCUCACUGCACAAGUAAGCCAUCGAAUCACCGAUGGCUAUGGGUUUGCUGGUUUCAUUCGUCGCUGGUUCUCGAGAGCACGAGCAGCUUCGGGAAUCCAAAUACACGAGCAAGAUCUUGACAAGUCACUGGCACUCGCUAUUCAUGAUAGAGGUCGAUUAACCUGGGACAUAGACAUGGCCAAGGCGGGAACAGCCAUGGCUUCUGUAAAGAAAUGGGAAGCUCACUAUGCGGAAUCGGCGAAUGCAACGGCGGGAAAUUCACUUAUAGGGACUGACAAUGUUGAAACCAAGAUAUUCUGGAUGAGCAACGAGAAGAUCGAGGAACUGCGAAAGCUGAUAGGGGAGUAUACGACCUCACAGCCGACGGCGUUCGAGGCCAUUGUUGCUUUCGCUUGGCGAUGUCUUUCCCGUGUGCGCAGCGAGUCAAAUGCCCAUAGUCUCACAAAGACGAGGAGCAACAUUAGUGCAAGCAUGUUCGGCGUUGAUUCCCGACGCCGCUUGAACCCUCAACUACCAGUUGAAUACUUCGGAAAUGCGACAGCGCUUAUAGUUGCUCGACUUCCUGUUUCGAUACUGUCAUCUGCACAGCCCUCGGCGAUCCACAGCGUCAUCGCAGAGGUCCAAAAUACCCUGCGGAAUGAUACCACUGAUCCAAACUUGAGACAGGUUAUCCAGCAUGUCGCUGAGAAUCUCAAAUUGGGUAAAAACAUCCCCCUCGAUCUUCCUGGCAACGACUUUAUUUUCAACUCCUGGGAGCACCUUUAUUCCAGCGCGGAUGAACUGGAUCUUGGGAUCGGAACAUUCCGUGCUGUUCGGUACUUGAUGGACGCUCCUAUAACUCCAUCGUAUCUUUUAAUCCUGCCGUCUUUCGGGCAAAGGAAGCGAACGCCAAGAACACGUCAUUAUUCCGCCCGUUAUGCAGGAGGGUUGGAAUUGAAGUUGAAUCUCCCGCGUUAUCAAAUGGAAAAGCUGGAGAACUCCCAGGAAUGGACUCAUUACGUAUGUGGUUAUUAG